AUGGCUGCAUCCCUGGUGUUCAGGCUACAUGAUGGAGCUCCUGAGCUGGUGAGGGAGGUUCUUCUGGAGCGUGGAUGGGAGGAAUAUGAUGGGGAAGAGCAGGAGGAGGAGGACUGGAACCUCUACUGGAGGGUCUCAGCCUUUCGCCACUCAGAAUACCUCAAACUCCUGCCAUGGCAACGCCUGAACCACCAUCCCAAAAGUGUUGGAAUUACACGCAAGGACUACUUGGCACGCAACUUGAGGAGGAUGAGAGCCACAUUUGGCUCAUCUCUCUACAACUUCAGUCCUAUGGCCUUCAUCCUUCCCAACGAUUACACCCGCUUCAUAGCCGAAUACACAAAACAGCGUCUUACCAGAGGAUUGUCCGGUUACUGGAUCUGUAAGCCUGUGGAUCUCUCUCGAGGUAGAGGGAUUUUCAUAUUUUGUGAUAUUAAGGACUUAAUCUAUGACUCCCCUGUGAUCGUCCAGAGGUAUAUCAGCAACCCCUUACUCAUCUCUGGCUACAAGUUUGACCUGAGGAUCUAUGUGUGUGUGAAGAGCUUUCACCCUCUGACUGUUUACAUGCAUCAGGAAGGCCUGGUGCGUUUCGCCACUGAAAAAUACAACCUGUCCACCCUGGAUAACCUCUAUGCACAUCUUACCAACACCAGCAUCAAUAAGUGUGGGCCUUUCUACACAACCAACAAAGAGAGGGUGGGUCAAGGAUGCAAGUGGACCAUGAGCAAGUUCCGAUAUUUCCUCCACAGCCAAGACGUCAAUGAGCUUCUCCUUUGGCAGAAGAUCAAAAACAUUGUUACUCUUACCAUCCUCACUAUCGCGCCCUCUGUCCCCUCCAGUCCUAACUGUGUAGAACUUUUUGGCUUUGAUAUCCUCAUUGAUUCCACGUAUAAACCCUGGCUACUGGAAGUUAACUACAGCCCUGCAUUGACUUUAGACUGCCAGGCAGAUGUUGCAGUUAAGAAAGGAUUAAUUAGUGACCUAAUUGAUCUAAUGAACUAUAGGGCCAUUGACCGCCUGAGAGGGAGAGCGUACCAAAGACCAAAGAGUUCAAAGCAGCCAUGCCGCAAUGCUCACCAGGCCUCACAAGUUUCAGUACCUGUUCUGUCCAAAUUUAGAGAACUUAAAUCCCAGGGGAGAAGUGGUAGCCAGUCCUCACAAACUCAGACUCUACCUCUGCUUAAAGCACUUUGGCAGCACCAAGCCUCCAACAUUAGCCAAAGCCAGUCCAGGCAAAAAGCUCUGGUGUCUAGCUGCCAAAGAUACCUACCUCCUGUUGACUUGAGCAGGAUCCAUGCAGCCAGGGGCAGAAUAAUUAACACUAACACUACCACUAAAACCUGCACCAGCCAGGCCCUGAAUCCGAUCCUUGGCUCACACUCGAGGAUAACUAGAGCAAAGGUGAGCAGAGAGAGGCAUCCAUCUCUAGCAUCAUACCUGACGGACAACAGGGCACUUAACCUGUCUGACGUUACAAACCAUGACGACACUGUAACUGAGAGGGAGCCAUCAGAGGAAGGAGACUCUGCAAAACCUGAUAUCUCUCAGGAAGGACUGGGAAGCCUGAGGUCCAAACCUGCUGCUGGGCCCUGGAAGCUUCCAAACAUCCACAGGCUUCCUUUGGAGGGAACCAGAGCAUCACACAGAGUGGCACUUCCUCCCCUCAGAGUUGGAGACUUUAUACUGACCUUCCCCUUUAACGAAGCUACUCUGGAGGCAUCGCAGCAUAAACUGGAUGUGAAAUUAGCCGUCCAGGAGCUCCACAAGCUCACUAGUCAGCUGGCAUCAGGCCCGAGCCGGUUAGACAAGAACAAGUUGAGGAGACAGGAGGAGGAGGUGAAGACGGAUGAAGGCGUCAGGACGUGUGACAGUGACGAAGGUUUCGAGUCGCUGUUCUGGGGGCCAAAGGAGCCUCCGCUGCUCAGUCAGUGCCUUCCUCACAAUUAAAGCGGUGCUGUUUCUUUAUAUUUCCUCGUUUCUUCACUUUAUCUUUGGGGUGAAGUGCUCAUUGCAAAAAUGACUUAUCAGACUUUUGUGCAAAGUCAGUUUAUGGUUGAUAUAUGAACAG